GUAGAACUGCCCUGUAGGGUUUCCUAGGCUAUAAUCUUUACAGAAGAGAUCACCAGGUCUUUUCUCCCAUAGAGCCACUGGUGGGUUUGAACCACCGGUCUUUUGGUUGGCAGCUGAGCUGUGUAAGCUAUGUGCUGUUUGUUGAUCUGCUUUCCAGUUCUGAAUUCCUUUUGGAAGCCCAAGCAGGGAAGAUGAUACAGUCAGACAAAGGAACAGACCCUCCAAAGAAGGACAUGAAGGUUACCACAGCAACCAACUCGAAGAACGGUCUCUCCCAAAUCCUGAGGCUGUUGCUACAGGAGCUGGACCUGUUCUAUAGCCGAGAUGUGAAUGGAGUGUGCCUCUUGUACAAUCUCCUCCACUCCCCAUGGCUGCAGGCUCUGCUAAAGGUUUAUGAUUGCCUCCAGGAAUUUAAAGAAAAGAGACCAGUUCCUGACACAGCCCACGCACAGGCAUUAUCCGCUGAGGUAAUGGAACUGUUAGGUGAAACUCCUAAUUCCCCUGAGAUCCAUGAGCUGAGACAAAUCCUGCAGGCUUCACACUUUAAGGCCUUGCUCAGUGCCCAUGACACUGUGGCUCAGAAAGAUUUUGAACCCCUGCUCCCCCCUCUGCCAGACACUAUCCCUGAAAGUGAGGAAGCAAUGAGGAUUGUUUGCUUGGUAAAAAAUCAACAGCCCCUGGGAGCCACCAUCAAGCGCCAUGAGAUGACAGGAGACAUCCUGGUGGCCAGGAUCAUCCACGGUGGGCUGGCUGAGAGGAGUGGGCUGUUAUAUGCUGGAGACAAACUGGUGGAAGUAAAUGGAGUUUCAGUUGAGGGACUGGACCCUGAGCAAGUGAUCCAUAUUCUGGCCAUGUCUCGUGGCACAAUCAUGUUCAAGGUGGUUCCAGUUUCUGAUCCUCCUGUUAAUAGCCAGAAGAUGGUAUACGUUCGUGCCAUGACCGAGUAUUGGCCCCAGGAGGAUCCUGCCAUCCCCUGUGUGGAUGCCGGGUUGCCUUUCCGGAAGGGAGACAUCCUCCAGAUUGUGGACCAGAAUGAUGCCCUCUGGUGGCAGGCCCGGAGACUCUCAGACCUUGGUACCUGUGCUGGACUAAUCCCUUCUAAUCACCUUCUGAAGAGAAAGCAACGAGAAUUCUGGUGGUCUCAGCCUUACCAGCCCCAUUCUUGCCUCAAAUCAACUAUAUUGAGUUCUAUGGAAGAAGAAGAUGACAUGAAGAUUGAUGAGAAAUGUGUGGAAGCAGAUGAAGAAACAUUUGAAUCUGAGGAGCUUUCAGAAGACAAGGAGGAAUUUGUUGACUAUGGUCAGAAGUUCUUUAUUGCUGGUUUCCGCCGCAGCAUGCGCCUUUGUCGCAGGAAGUCUCACCUCAGCCAUCUUCGCACCAGCGUGUGCUGCAGCAGCAGCUGCUACAAUGCAGUGGGAGCCUCUUACGAGGAGGUGGUGCAGUACCAGCGACACCCUUCAGACAAGCACCGCCUGAUAGUGCUCGUGGGACCUUCUGGGGUUGGAGUCAAUGAACUGAGACGACAGCUCAUUGAAUUGAAUCCCAUCCAUUUUCAAAGUGCUGUGCCACACACUACUCGCUCCAAAAAGAGUUAUGAAAUGAAUGGGCGUGAGUAUCAUUAUGUGUCAAAGGAAACAUUUGAAAAUCUCAUGUACAGCCACAGGAUGCUGGAGUAUGGUGAGUACAAAGGCCACCUCUAUGGCACUAGUGUGGAUGCUGUUCAAGCAGUUCUUGACCAAGGAAAGGUCUGUGUCAUGGACUUAGAGCCUCAGGGUAUUCAAGUGGCUCGAACCCAAGAACUGAAGCCCUAUGUCAUCUUUAUAAAGCCAUCUAACUUGAGUUGUAUGAAGCUAUCUCGGAAAAAUGCCAAGAUCAUUACAGACUACUUUGUGGAGAUGAAGUUCAAGGAUGAAGACUUACAAGAGAUGGAGGAUUUAGCCCAAAAAAUGGAGGCCCAGUUUGGCCAGUACUUUGAUCAUGUGAUAGUGAAUGACAACUUGCAAGAUGCAUGCGUCCAGUUGUUGUCAGUAGUAAGGAAAGCUCAGGAAGAGCCUCAGUGGGUCCCAGCAACAUGGAUUUUCUCUGAUACCACAUCUUAGGGAGGCCUCCUGCUUAAUGCUGGAGUUUUAACAACGUACCUUGGUGAUAGAUACCUGGAAUAAUAGCUGUAAUAUAAAAUAGCGCUAUUUGACCCAUUGUAAUGCGUGCGACUUUAAAAGUGCGACUCGACGGCAGUGGUAUAGUUUAUUAAUUAAUCUUAUUUAAAAAUAAAUGUGUAUUGUAUGGGUAUGUAGACUGGCUUUUGGGAAACUUGUUUUUCCUUCACCUCCUAUGCAAUGUAGGAACAUGAAUGUGAAAAUAUCAAGUCACUAAACCUGAGAACCUUUCAUUUAUUUCAUAUGGCUUUUAUAGGAUUCAGAUUGAAAAAGCUUUUCCUAAAUAAAAUUAGCAGGAUUUCAUUUCAGAAACUGUGUUUUACUACAUAAACCUUGCUUCAUGAAAAAGUGUUUGUCAUUGUGCUUUUUACAAAAAGUGCCUAUUUGACUAACUCAGCAAGAGAAGUUAAUAUAUGUAUUUCACACCUAACAUCAAAACCUCAGAAACUGCAUUGCCUCCAUUAUCUACAAAUCAAUCCACAAGGAAGAUUAUUCUUCUGAUCACAAGUGUCCCAAACAU